CGAUUGCCACUUUCUAACCCAUCAAAAGUUAAGUCAAUUAGUUCUUUCAAAGUAAAUGGCAGUUCGAUCAUGGAAUUGACAAUUAGAGGCUCCAAAAUCAAAUCUCCGUGACUGCACCACAAUUUCCUCUGUAAGACCUGGCACUCCAUAGAUGAUUCUCGAACCAGCAAGUGGAUCACGGUAUCUGUGCUCUUGCAGGUAUCACUGUAUCAGUAAUCAGUCUCUGAUCUUCAAGCUCCUCACCAUCACAUGUCAAUUGUUUAUCCUUGGGAUCAACAAACCCUUUUCCCUUCUUAACAAGUUUUUGCUUAACAUAACCCACAUUUUUACCUCUCUCAACAUGAAAUGAAAACUCCUUUCCACAAACAAUCUUAACAGUAAAUGCCUUACUACUAAAUGCAUUAUUUUCCCAUCUGCAACCCAAUAGUCUGCACACGAGUUGUUUCCAGACAGUUCCCUUCCUUCAAAAACCAACUUCUGCUUCUUCACAAAAAAUCCUUUGUUUUUCUAAAUCCUCAUGUUCACAGAAGCAAUUGAAUCUGACUCCAUUAUAUGCAUCGGUAUCACAGAGCCGCCAACAGAGAGAAAAAUCAAAAUUGAGUUGCCAAAAGCCCGGCCAUAUUGGCAGGAGAAAUUACAGAGGUUACACUGGAAAGCCUGAAGCCUGCCAGCCAGAAAACCAGUUCACAUAAGAACUGUGAGAAACCACAAUAACUAUAAAGGUUCUUUCUUUCAGAUUCCUAGUACUUUGGAAGUCCCUGGGGCUCCUUGACAAUGCAAGAUAUCAUUGACAAAAGAAAAGGGUUUUACUUAGCUCCUCAGGUAUAUGUGAAAUGGUCUGAAUGCCUUCACAACAAUUUCGAAUUCAAGCUCCCUGCAAUUAAUUAAAUUCUUGCAA